AUGGCUGGUAGUAAACUAGCAGCACUCAGCUUUAUUGUCCUGUUGAGCAUAGGAUUAAUCGAUGCUGCAAGGGUGGUAAGAGUUUCCAGUUCUAGUGGAAUGGGGACUGGAGGGGGAGGGGGUGGUGGAUCUGUGAAUGGUGCCGGAUCUGGGUCGGGAGGUGGGACCGGGUAUGGUAGUAAUGGUGCCCAUGCAAGUGCGGGAGGGGGAGGCGAAGGGGGCGGUGGUGGCCAAUAUGGUGGUUCGGGGUUUGGAGUGGGGUCAGGAGCAAGCUCUGGUUCUACUCGUAAUGGCGGUGAUCGUUUUGGUGGAUCUUCAGACGCUGGUGGUUCAGGUGGUGGAGGCGGUGGAGGACAAGGUGGGGGUUACUAUGGAUCUAGCGGAUAUGGAUCUGGCGGCGGUACAGGCUCUGGUUCCAGUGAGGCUGCUGGAUAUACAUGGUGGGGUGCGGCUCGUGCAACCGCAGAUGCUAGUGGAAAUGGCGGUGGCAAUGGUGUUGGCCAAAACGGUGGCAAAGGUGCAGGUGGAGGCAAUGGAUCUGGGUAUGCUGAUGCGCAUCCGUAAACUUACUUUCAACAGCAUAUAGAUCUGCUUUGGGGCUAGUAUAUGUAUGGUCUAUUGUUCCAUGUUAUUUGGUGUUGCUUUUCGCUCCUAGUAGCUUGUUUUCUAUAAACUUAUAUGUAUCACCCCUUUGGAUGUAAGGUAUCAAGUAAUAAAUUUAAGGCCUCCAUCUA